AUGACUCUCCCCUUAUUAGCGUACUCCCUGUCUCUGUUCUUUCUCCCCUCCCAGCUCAACUUCAAGGCAGAUUCACCCGAGAUCGGCCUGCUAGUCGCCUCCGUGCUCUCCGUCCUCAAGCUGCUCCUGCGCAUUGUCUGCCCGCACAUCCGCCUGCUCGGCCUGCUCAGCCUGCUCCCGGGCGGCGCCGCUACAGCCGUGAGCGUGCUACAGUUCCCCAACAGCACGCUGUGCGAGGGGAUCGUGAUGCUGAGGAUCGAGAGCCCGCUGUACUUCCCGGCUGCGAAUUUCUGCCGGCAGCGCAUCAAGAAGCUGUGUGAUGCGUAUGCGAGGGGGUACCAGCAACCCGUGCGGGUGAGUCUGGUGAUUUUGCUGCUGUAG